AUGGGCUCAAAUAUAGUAGAUCCUUCAAUAUUGCUAGAUGUGUCCAGACCAUUUGACGAAGGGAUGGUGCCCCUGUUGGACUCAAUAAUAACAUCGAUGUUCGAUGGAACGAAUAUAAAAAAUAGAGAAACGGCACAUAAAAUCCUGGAGCAGUUUAAGUCGCUCCCAGACUCCUGGAAGCACGUAGCAGUAAUACUGGCGAAGUCGAAGAACUCAAACACGAAGUUCUACGCACUACAAGUGCUGGAAAUAUGCAUACAGUCGAGGUGGAACAUACUGCCAGACUCGGAAAAGGCAGGAAUAAAACAGUACGUGUCGGAGCUGGUGAUCAAGCUGUGUAUGGACCCGGAAGUGUGUCAAAACGAAAGACACUUUUUGACGAAAGUAAACGAGUGCCUGAUACAAAUAGUGAAGAAGGAGUGGCCAGAUAAGUGGCCGAACUUUAUAUCAGAGAUAUGUAAAGCAUCACAAGUAGCACAGAGCAUCUGCGAGAAUAACAUGAGACUGCUUAACAUGCUGAGCGAGGAGAUAUUCGACUUCGGAGAAGACUCGAUGGAAAGCAGAAGAGUAAAAAAGCUGGUCUCGAGAAUGACAGCAGAGUUCAGAGAGAUCUUCGAGCUGUGCAUAUUCGUGUUAAACAGCUACAUCACGAACCCGACGAUGGUAAACACGACGCUGAUUAAGCAGACGCUGGUGUGCCUGUCGCACUUCCUGAAGUGGAUCCCGUACGGAUACGUGUUCGAAGCGUACCCGCACGCAAACGGGUCAGUGGUGCUGCUGGAGCUGCUGCUGGACCACUUCUGGGACCCAGUGCAGUACAGAAUCGAGUGCACGAAGUGCCUGAACGAAGUGGCGUCGUUGUCACUGUCGCACGGAGAGCUGCAGUCGUUCUCGCACAGAAUAGCGGCGCUGUGGCCGAAGGUGGUUCAGAAGGUAGCAACGCUGCCACCGGAGUCGUUCCAGUACGACAGCGCGAAGAUACCGUCCUCAAUGCUGCUCUUCUGGGAAAACUUCUACACGCAGCUGACGCUGUUCCUGACGAACCUGCUGAAGAAUUUUAGAGAAAGCGUUAUAGAGAAGACACAAAACAGCAAGGAGGCACUGCUGUUCAUCUUUGAAAAGCUGGUUAUCAUAACGACGAUAAACCACGAGGAGACGUUUAAAAUAGCACUGGACUUCUGGCACCACUUCUGCAAUCAGCUGCUGAGAGAGAUGAAGGAGCACGAAAAGAAAAGCAUGGGGAUGAGAGAUAGAGCGGACCCGAACUACGUGGCAAUCAACGCAAUGAAGCAAAUAGACCUAAACAAGUCAUCAGAGUUGAUAAGGCUGGAAGUGUACAGACCAGUGCUUGUGGAAGUGCACAAAGUGAUGAUAAGAAGAAUGGCAAAGCCGCAAGAGAUAUAUAUCAUGUACGAUACAGACACGGGAGAAGUGGUGAGAGAAUAUAACCCAAACACAGCAGAAAUAGCACUGUACAAUAAAAUGAAAAACACGCAGAUCAUACUGACGACGAUGCUGCAGGAGGACACGGAAAAAAUAAUGAUGUCAUUCAUGGACAAGGAAAUGGAGCUGGCGAAUCUGGGAGGAAAUGAAGUGUGGGACCCGACGACACUCAACAGGUUGUGUUACUCGAUAGGCUCGAUCACAGGAAGCAUGGAGGAGCAGGUGGAGAAGAGGUUCCUGGUGCUGGUGAUCAAGUGUCUGCUGAACAUAUGCGAAAUAAAGACGGAAACAGGAAACAAGGCGAUAGUGGCGUCGAACAUAAUGUACGUGGUGGGCCAGUACCCACGCUUCCUGAAGAGUAACUGGAGGUUCCUGAGCACAGUGUUAAACAAGCUGUUCGAGUUCAUGAGAGAGACGUUCCCAGGAGUGCAGCAGAUGGCGUGCGAAACGUUCCUGAAGAUCACGAGCACUUGCAGAAAGGUGAUAGGAACGCAGCACCACAACGGAAUGUCGUACGUGGACGAGCUGGUGAGGACACUUAACGGUCUCGAAGACGUGCUGGACAACAAGCUUAUCCUGUACUUCUACGAGUCGGUGGGGAACGUGAUCAGCACGCUGGAGUUUAACACGAAGGUUAACAAGAUAAGUAGCCUGAUGGAAGUGUGCAACAACAGAAUGCAGAUCGUCUACACGAAGUUCCUGCUGGGAGUGACCUCGACAAUGGUGAGCACGCCGGAAGGGUUCAAGGGGUACGUGGAGCGCUUCGGAGAGGAAUUAUUUACAGUGGAGGUGACGAGAACAAUAGUGCAAAUCAACAGAAUUAACAACAGAGUGUGCAAAGCAGUGGGCUUCGCAUUCACGAAUCAAAUGAACAAGAUCUUCGGAAUACUGAUGGUGCUCUACAACCUGUACAGCAAGUACAUACAGGUGAGCGUGUCGACGGGAGGAGCGAGCGUGAUCAAGCACCUGAACGUCAACACGCUCUUCCUGGCGAGAAGGUCAAUCAUACACCUCUCGGAAACGUACAUGUGCAACGUGCCGACGAAGCUGAACAAUAACCCGGGAGCAACGAGCGCAAGUCCGAAGUACGGACUUAACACGGACCCGGGCGUGGCGCUGUCCUCGAGAGAAGUUACCACAGUGAGCAAAAACGAAGGAGGCUACGGCUACUUUGACCCGAAGGAGGAGAGCCACAACGGAGCGUCGGAGACCGCGGAGGGCGGAGCGGAGGCGAGCGGAAACGUGGAGGGAGCGGACAGAGAGAUGAUCGUGACGCUGCUCGAGAGCCUGGUGCUCGUGAUGAUGGGCGACUACAGAGACUCGGUAUUCGAGACGCGCGACUACGAGAUACUCUCGCUCUGCACGAAGAUCAUCGAGCGGCUGGGCUCGAACUACCCGACGGUGCUCGUGCAGAUCUUCAACUUGGUAUUCGACACGAGUCUGGACAUGGUGAAGCUGGACUUCCACGCGUACCCGGACCACAGGGAGCACUUCUACGAGAUGCUCUUCAAGUCGGCAAAGUGCGCAUUCGACGCACUGCUGAUGCUCCCGGGGGAGCGCCUGCGCGACUUCGUGCUCUCGCUGGUGUGGGCGUUCAAGCACGAACACCCCUCAAUCGCAGAAAGGGGACUGAUGAUCACGCUCGAGUUCAUGAGGAACAUCAUGUUCAAAGGAACGGUUAUCUUGCAUCAGUUCUGUUCAACCUUUUACUACCUCUUGUUGACCGAAGUUCUAUCGGUACUCACGGACACGCUGCACAAGUCAGGGUUCAGACUGCAAACACAAAUACUCAAAAUUUUAAUUAAAAUAGUGGUAAACGGAAUGGUGGAGGACAGCACAAAAGACCUGACGAAGCUGGGAGUGAUGAACUUCCUGGCGAACCUGUUCACGAGAAGCUUCCCAUCACUGCACAGAAAGCAAAUCGAAGCAUUCGUAGUGGAUCUCUUCAACUACUCAGUGGAUGUGCCAGCCUCAGGAGUAAUGGGCCAGCUCCAGGAAGGAGGGAACGCGAAUGUGGGAGACGGAAGCGGACUGCAAAUAAGCACAACAAACGGAAGAGAAGAAAAGGACAGAGACCUGAAGUUCCAAACACACGUAAAGGACUUCUUACUCUCACUCAAGGAGUUCUCAGGAUCCACAGAAGAAUUCGAAAAAAUGUUCAGCAGAGACUGCCAGGAAGCAAUGGAAAGAGCAAGAAGACUCGGAUACACAAACACGAACGAUAUCCUGUACACGAAAGAAGUGGAUUUAAACUAA